CAUGAUAAACAGCUUUGUGGAAUGCACUCGGAAAACAACCAAGUGGUAUAAGAAGAUAUUUUUCCAUCUGAUCGACACUGCUGCCCUCAAUGGCAGCAUAGUUCACCGCCAACUAACAGGUAAAGUAAUUACCUACCAAAAAUACAGAGAGAACCUAAUGAGAGAGCUGCUGGAGGAGCACCACACCCCURGGCGCCCAUCCACUGGGGGUCGUCCUGCUGUAAACAAUCCCCUACGCCUCACUGCACGGCAUUUUCCCUGCAAAGUCCCUCAAACUGCUGCUCAAGGUAGUCGCACAAGGAGGCACUGCAAAGUCUGCCUGUCUGGCACCAGGAGAAGUAAGCAGAGGAAGAUGACAAAAUACAUGUGUUUAGCUUGUGAUACACCUCUAUGUAUUUCACCAUGCUUUGAGGAGUAUCACAUGCUCAAGCAUUAUUGAGCAUAUCUGCAGCAAUAAGUGACUGACUGCCAUGAUACUAUGCCUUCAGAGGUGGGGGGGGGGGAAUGCAGUUGUUGUUCAGUCACUGCAUGAAUAUUAAAUAUGGGUUAUGCAUAUUCAGUUUUUUGUCCUCUAGUAUAACAAGUUGUUGAACCAACUACCAAUACUGCAAUAAAAUAGACGACUAUUACAUAUUGGCAUAUGUGUUURCUUGCUGUSUUUUCAUCCAGUAAGACUGUUAAGGAG